UAUUUCUCCUAGCCUAAUUUGUCAGUUUUAUUUACUUUUAUUUCACCACUAUAUAUUUAGGAAAAAAAUCUUUCUUUGUCGUGCAGGAAACAUGUCCAACUCUGGCAUGCCUAGAGCAGCCUCAAAUGAUGAUAACGCCAUGGAGCUGCAACAGCUGAUAUUGCGUAGCUAUAAAUCGAUGAACGGAUUGGUAAACUUUUACAACGGACAAUUGCACGAUGAAUUGGAGGAUCUGAUGUUAUCCAUACAACAGGAGGAUCAACGUCAAACCCGCUGCACCAGCGAUCACAGUUCGCAGUUAACGGAAGCACUAGAUUUAAAAUGUCUGGCAGGUAUUAAUAAGCUCAGCCAGUACCUCAUGAUGCGACCCAGUUGCAGCAGUUUGGAUUUAAGUGACGGCCCAAAAUUCAGGGAGCUUUAAUGACCUAUUGAAAUGCAUUAUCCAUAAAUUUUAUUUCCAACACAGUCAAUCAAAUUUACAAAUAAAGCGAAAAAACAUCUAAAAUGUAAUUGCAUUCACAAAAAUAUUGUUAUUUAUUGUUACGUGGAACUCAAAAUUAAUGUUAUUUUAAGCGAAGGAUUUAAAAAAUCGCGAAAGAUAAUGGAAAAAUAAGUUUAGAAGACGUAGAUCUUUGCUUCAAAAAUUGUUAAAAUUUUAAUUCAAAUAUAAAUAUUUUUAAUUACUAGA